AGAUUUUCUAUAGAUUUAGUAGAGAGUACCAGUGAAGGAGCUCGAAGUGCUCUUCAUUUUAACCCACGAAUUGAUGAGAAAAUUGUUGUAAGAAAUUCUUAUGAUGGCAGCUGGGCUGAUGAAGAAAGAGAUGUACCGUUUUUCCCCUUUUUGGAAGGAACCAAAUUUACUCUCAGGUUAUUGGUCACAGAUGAUGAGUUUGAUAUUAACAUGAAUGGAAAAGAUUUUAUUCAUUUUCAUCAUAGAAUGCCAUUUAAUGAUAUGUAUUAUUUGGCGUUAAAUGAAGAUGCUGAAUAUUAUGAUGUGGAUAUUCAAAAUGAAAAGGUGGGUUAUCUUUAUUUAACUACCAAUGUAUUGCCAACUAACCUGGGCAUAUGUCAGAAGAUUCCUGGUAGUUUAAGACCUGGAAGAUGGAUAUUUGUACAUGGUACUGCCAAGAAAGAUCCUAAUAAGUUUGAAAUCAACCUUCAGUGUAAUGACACAUUAAACUAUGAUGAAACAGACAUUGCAUUACAUUUAAACCCGAGAUUUAGUGAAGAGGUCACAGUCAGAAAUCAUCUGGUAGAUGGUAGUUGGGGAGAUGAAGAACAAGAUCAACCAUUCUUUCCAUUUGAAGCUGAAGAUACUUUCAAUAUUGCCAUUAAUGUUCAAUCAGACAAAUUUAAGGUGUAUGCUAAUGGAAGACAUUACAUUGAUUUUGACCACAGAAUAGAUAUUGGUAAAAUUUGUCAUAUCAUGUUAGAUGGUGAUGCAAAUUUCUUUGAACCAGAAUUUAACUAA